CCAAAAAGAUACAGAUUCUAUUGAAAUGAAUGUCUGCAACUUUACAUGUCUAAUAUCAAAAACGAUUGUUGUUUUUCAUAUUGUUGUUUUUACAAAUCAAUCUUAGCUGUGGGAAACAGGUGUACAUGAUUUUUGCAGAGUUGUUCACAGCUAGGAAAAUCCCUCAGCUCUGACACUUUCGCGCAACAUGCUUAUCUGAUUACUUGAGCACGAGAUUCAAAGCGGUUGUUGGAAUUGAUUCGCUAUUAUUUUCGAUGGUGCAAUUGGAAUAUGAUACUUUCUUUCUCCUGGAAAAUGGAAUCAAUGCUACAGAGAUACACGGAAGAACGAUGCUGGUAUAUGUAUAUAUACUGCAUAUAUCUUGUCCUUCAUUUGCCAUUGAUAUUCUUUGCCGUAGCUCUCUGUUUACCAUGGAUACAGGAAAGGAUCAGGCAGGCGAGACAAAAGCUAUAGCCGUUGGGCCGUGGGGAGGCAAUGGAGGCGCUUAUUGGGACGACGGGAGCUACACUGGCAUCAGAGAGAUUACACUCACGUAUGCUCGAUGUAUUGACUCCAUCAACGUGGUUUACGACAAGAAUGGCAAACCAGUUUCAACGGAGAAACAUGGAGGCGUAGGCGGUAGUAUAACUGUCGAGAUCAAGCUGCAAUUUCCCGACGAGUACUUGACGUCCGUUUCCGGGCACUACUAUCCAGUGGUUCACGGAGGAAGCUCUGUGAUCCGGUCGCUGACAUUCAAGACUAACAAGAGAACGUUCGGGCCUUAUGGAGUCGAAGAAGGCACGCCGUUUUCAUUCCCGAUGGAAGGAGGACAGAUUGUUGGAUUCAAGGGCCGGGCCGGAUGGUACUUGGACGCCAUCGGCUUCCAUAUAACUAAAACAAGAACAGUGGCCAACGUCGUGCAGAAAGCUCAGCAGAGGUUCCGGCGCCUUACGAGCUCGUUAUCUUUAGCCCCUCUUAGGGAUGGCGAUGAAGCCCGGAAGUACGGGAAACCUCUUGGAUAGACAAGAUUAUACUUCUCUUCGGAAUCUUGUUAGGUUAUCUGUACUGUAAUAAGCACUUGGUCUUGGAUCAAGUCGGUCGUGUUCGAGUUAAGGAGAAUUAUAAUUAAUAAAUGAUUUAGAAUGUAUUAGUACAACAUGAUGUAUACAAAUAUAAUUAUAUACUUAA